AUGAAAUUGUUGUGGAGUAUUCAACUUGUGCUGUCUCUCAGUGUAUCAGGAGGAUUUUUUUUCAUUAAAUCCAUUGCUGCUAAUUCGGAUUACGGAGAUGAAGGAACAACCCUUCUUCUACCCAAAUCUAAUUCAAAAGUGGACGAAUAUUUGAGAGAUUCGGAAGAAUUUCGACACAAACCACCCCUAAUUAAACCCCCAUUCAUUGAUAACACAAACAUAAGUUUCCCAUCCAUCCCGAGUAUCCCGAGUUUCCCAAGCAUCCCAAGUUUUCCAAGUAAUCCGAGUAUCCCGAGUAGUCCAAGCAUCCCAAGCAUUCCAAAGUGUCCGAGAAAUGAGGAAUAUCAAACAUGCGGACCAAUUUGUGAAGAUGAAUGCACAAAGAGGUGCACAGGUGAGAGCGGAGGAUGCAAGAAGGGGUGCUUCUGCAAAAAUGGAUAUGUACGACAUACAUUAGGACGGUGCGUUACACUCGCAGCUUGUCCAAAACCAAUUUGCCCACGUUACGAGGAAUGGAAAGAAUGCUCAACAGCCCCACAUUGUGAUCUAAAGUGUGGAAACUACGCUGGAACUUGCGAGGAGAAGGCCGAAUGUCCUGGUUGUUUUUGCCGCAAAGGAUACUACCGACAUCCCGUAACAAAUGCCUGCACCUACUUCCAUCAGUGCCCUCCAGAAGUUCCCCAAUGCCCUGAAGGAGAACAAUACAGCGCCUGUGGAUUCGCCAGCAGUGAACAGUGUCAAGUAAUUGAUAAAACCAUAUUCAAGGAGAACUGCAAACCUGGAUGCUACUGCAGCAAUGGUAAUGUUCGUAUUGACGGGAAAUGCCUUCCAAGGGAUCAAUGUCCUCGAAUUUGUCCGAAUAACGAAGAGUACACAACAUGUGGAAAUGUCUGCCGGGAGUACUGUUCAACGGAAAAUAAGGAAUGCAACAACCUCUGCUUCUCUGGAUGUUUCUGCAUAGCUGGGUACAAAAGAGUUGCCGGUGUAUGUAUUCCAGAUUCGCAAUGUCCCCUCCCCAAGUGCGCAGGACCCAAUGAAGCAUACACUGAUUGUGGAAAACCAUGCAAUGAAGAUUGUUCGAAAUCAACCAAAGAUUGCUUGUACGAUGUCUGCUUGCCAGGAUGUUUCUGCAAACCAGGCUUCAAGAGGAUUGAUAAUGGAAUAUGCGUUGCACAGGAAGACUGCAUAUCGCAUGAAUGUUCAGGGCAAAAUGAAGUCUUUUCAAUAUGCGGAAACAAUUGUAAUGAAGAUUGUAGUAAAACAACUCAAGACUGUCGUCAACAAAGUUGCAGUCAGGGAUGUUUCUGCGCAGCAGGUUUCAAAAGAAUUGAUGGAGAAUGUCUCUCGCAGACAGAAUGCACACAGACUCAAUGUUCUGGACAGAAUGAAGUAUAUUCAACAUGCGGUAAAACCUGCAACGAGGACUGCAACAAAACCAGACAAGACUGUCGUCAAGAAAGUUGUUCUCAGGGAUGUUUCUGUGUAACAGGCUUCAAACGAAUUGACGGAGAAUGCGUUCAUCAAAGUGAAUGUACACAGACUCAAUGUUCUGGCCAGAAUGAAGUUUUUACGUCCUGCGGUAAAACCUGCAACGAGGACUGCAACAAAACCAGACAGGAUUGUCGUCAAGAAAGUUGCAGUCAAGGAUGUUUUUGUGCAUCCGGAUUCAAGAGAAUUGACGGAGAAUGCGUUUCUCAAAGUGAAUGUCCACCACCUGAGUGUUCAGGACAAAAUGAAAUCUAUACGUUGUGUGGGAAAUCCUGCAACGAGGAUUGUAAUAAAACAAGACAGGAUUGUCGCCAAGAGAGCUGUAGUCAAGGAUGUUUCUGCGUUGCAGGAUAUAAAAGAAUUGAUGGAGAAUGUGUUCAUCAAAGUGAAUGUACACAGACUCAAUGUUCUGGCCAGAAUGAAAUUUAUACAUCCUGCGGUAAAGCCUGCAACGAAGAUUGUAAUAAAACUAGACAAGAUUGUCGCCUUGAAACCUGUGCUCAGGGAUGUUUUUGCACAUCAGGAUUCAAACGAAUUGAUGGAGAGUGUGUCUCACAGUCAGAAUGUCCUCCACCUGAGUGUUCAGGCCAGAAUGAAGUAUAUACAACUUGUGGUAAAACCUGCAACGAAGACUGCAAUAAAACCAGACAAGACUGUCGUCAAGAAAGCUGCUCUUCAGGAUGUUUCUGUGCAUCCGGAUUCAAGAGAAUUGACGGAGAAUGCGUUUCUCAAAGUGAAUGUCCACCACCUGAGUGUUCAGGACAAAAUGAAAUCUAUACAACAUGCGGUAAAGCCUGCAACGAAGACUGCAACAAAACCAGACAAGACUGUCGUCAGGAGACUUGUUCACAAGGAUGUUUCUGUGCAACAGGCUUCAAACGAAUUGACGGAGAUUGUGUUUCCCAAAGUGAAUGUACACAGACUCAGUGUUCUGGCCAGAAUGAAGUCUAUACAACAUGUGGUAAAGUCUGUAACGAAGACUGCAACAAAACUAGACAAGACUGUCGUCAGGAGACUUGUUCACAAGGAUGUUUCUGUGCAACAGGCUUCAAACGAAUUGACGGAGAUUGUGUUUCCCAAAGUGAAUGUACACAGACUCAGUGUUCUGGCCAGAAUGAAGUCUAUACAACAUGCGGUAAAGUCUGUAACGAAGACUGCAACAAAACUAGACAAGACUGUCGUCAGGAGACUUGUUCACAAGGAUGUUUCUGUGCAACAGGCUUCAAAAGAAUUGAUGGAGAAUGUGUUCAUCAAAGUGAAUGUCCACCACCUGAGUGUUCUGGCCAGAAUGAAGUUUAUACAACAUGCGGUAAAGCCUGCAACGAAGACUGCAACAAAACCAGACAAGACUGUCGUCAAGAAAGCUGCUCUUUAGGAUGUUUCUGCGCUGCAGGAUAUAAAAGAAUUGACGGUGAAUGCCUCUCACAAUCAGAAUGUCCACCACCUGAGUGUUUAGGGCAGAAUGAAGUCUACACAACCUGCGGUAAAGCCUGCAAUGAGGACUGCAACAAAACUAGACAAGACUGUCACCAAGAAAACUGUAGUCAAGGCUGUUUCUGCGCUGCAGGAUAUAAAAGAAUUGAUGGAGAAUGUGUUCAUCAAAGUGAAUGUACACAGACUCAAUGUUCUGGCCAGAAUGAAAUUUAUACGUCCUGCGGUAAAUCCUGCAACGAGGACUGUAAUAAAACUAGACAAGACUGUCGCCUUGAAACCUGUUCUCCAGGAUGUUAUUGCGCAACAGGCUUCAAACGAAUUGACGGGGAAUGUGUUCAUCAAAACAAAUGCACACAAACGCAAUGCUCAGGUCAAAAUGAAGUUUACACUGUAUGUGGAAAGAAAUGCAAUGAAGACUGCACAAUUGAUCCACUUACAUGCUCCAACUACAACUGUUACCCCGGAUGCUACUGCAUUGAUGGCUACAAACGAAUUGACGGUGUGUGCACUCGAGAUAAUUGCGAAACACCAUCUUGUGGAUCAAAUGAAACUUACUUAAAUUGUGGACGACGAUGUGAGGAGCUUUGCAGUGGUGCAACGGCUCAAUGCUACCAAGAAGCAUGUACUUCAGAUUGCUUCUGUGCCACCGGAUACAAACGCAUCAAUGGAACUUGUGUUCCGGAAAAUCUCUGCAACUGUCCGGAAAAUGAACGACUCAUACUGAGCAGUGAAUGUAUUGAAGAGUGCUUCAAAACUCCUGCAAACUGCACAACAGCCACGAAAUCUCUCCGGUGUACGUGCAUUCCUGGUUAUAAAAGAAUUGACGGAGUUUGCGUUAGCAGUAGCCUUUGCCAGUGUCCCCUGAAUGAAGAAUACAGCUUUGGUAAUUCAUGUCAGGAAUUGUGUGAAAGCAGCCCAGAGGAUUGUCAAACGAAAGCUUGCUACAGGGGUUGCUUUUGCAAGAAGGACUACCGUCGAAUUGGCGGUCAAUGCGUUAGAGAUAGUUACUGCUCAUGCGGUAGCAAUGAGGAGUUCACCUAUGGGAAUGAUUGCUAUGAAGAUUGCUUUGAAGAUGAUGCAUUUUGUCGUUCUCUGGGAACAUACAAAAGAUGUUCCUGCAUUGAAGGGUACAAGAGAAUAUUUGGUUUCUGUGUUCCAGACACGGAAUGUCGAUGCCCAUUCAAUGAAGAAAUAGCCUAUACUAAUGAAUGCUACGAACACUGUGGAACAGAUCCGAAAAUCUGUGCAGAACAGAAUACUACAAGAAGGUGUGCAUGUGUCGAUGGGUAUGUUCGAAUAAAUGGAAUUUGUGUUCCAGACAGUCAAUGUCCAUGCUCUACAAAUGAGGAGUAUGUGAUUGGGAAUCAGUGUGAAGAAGACUGCAGUGCUACUCCGGAUGUAUGCAAGGAUACUGAAUCCUACAGGCGAUGCACCUGUUUGGAGGGAUACAAGAGGAUCAAUGGCGUUUGCACUCAACAAUCCAAUUGCACAUGUGGUGAGAAUGAAGCCUACAAAUACGGUAAUCCCUGCAGUGAAUCCUGCGAUGGAUCCCCUUCUCUCUGCGAAUUACUUCAGUUCUAUCAAGGAUGCUUCUGUCAGGAUGGUUACAAGAGAAUCAACGGCUCAUGCGUUGAGUACACAAAUUGUCAAUGUGAGGAAAAUGAACAUUUCACCUAUGGGAAUGACUGCGAAGAAUCAUGCAAUGAUACAUCAGCCUGUGUAGGAAGCCUGGAAUAUCUGAGAUGCACCUGCCUGCCGUUCUAUAAGAGAAUCAACGGAGUCUGUGUGCCUGAAUCAAAUUGUAUUUGUGGAGAGAAUGAAAUUCAUUUGUCGUCUAAUGACUGCUUUGAUACUUGCGGAACAGAUCCGUAUGAUUGCGCAAAAUUGAACCGAUCCAGCCGAUGUGCCUGUGCUGAUGGAUACAGGCGUGUUGACGGCAGAUGUGUUCCCUACAGCGAUUGUCCAUGUCCUGAGAAUGAAAUCAAUGCUGUAACCAAUGAUUGUUUUGAAGAAUGCGGAACAGUUCCCAUUGAUUGCGCUCAGAUGCACACCUAUCCCAGAUGUACCUGUAUUCCUGCCUACGUCAGGGUUAAUGGUACCUGUUUGCCUGAUUCUACCUGCCCAUGCGGUGAGAAUGAAGAGUACAAGUCCUCAAGUGAGUGCAUUGAGGCAUGUGGAGAAGAUGAAGACAGUUGCAAGGAAGCCGUUGAGUGGAGACGAUGCACCUGUAUUGAUCAGUAUAAACGUAUUGAUGGAGUCUGCGUCCCAGACACUGAUUGCCAAUGCCCACCAAAUGAGCAUAUGGACAGCCGAAACGAUACAUGUGAAGUAUGUGGAGCAAAUCCACUUGAAUGCGAACUUUUGCCCGUUGUAAGAAAGUGUUUCUGUGACAUUGGUUACGUUAGAAUUGAUGGAGUUUGCGUCAAGGGCGAUGUCUGUGUUUGUCCAGAAAAUGAGACUUAUGCCUACACUAACGACUGUCGUGAAGACUGCACAAAAACCAACGAUGAAUGCGACAAUCAGUUCACCUACCCCCACUGUGGUUGCAUUGAAGGCUUCAAGAGAAUUGACGGAGUUUGCGUUCCAGCUGCAAACUGUUCAUGUCCUGAAAACUCCACCUACGGCAUUGGGAAUGAUUGCUACGAAACCUGCGGUACGAAUCCCAGUGAAUGUGCUAAGCUGCCAACAGAGGAACGCUGUGUCUGCAAUGACGGCUACGUUCGGAUUAAUGGAAGCUGUGUGCCUGAUUUUGAUUGCCCCUGUGGCGAUAAUGAGGAGUACACCUUUGGGAAUGAAUGCAUUGAAGACUGCACGCUGUUUGAUUGUCGCAACGAAGACUCCUACAAGCGGUGCACAUGCCUGCAUGACUACAAGAGAAUUAAUGGAACGUGCGUAGCAGACGUGAACUGCCCAUGCGGUACGAAUGAAGUCUACCGAUACGGCAGUCAUUGCUGGGAAGAUUGUCGGAGUACGGCAGAUGAAUGCCUGAACUCUGAAUGCCACAAGGGAUGCUACUGUGCGGAGGGAUUUAAGCGUUUCGGAGACGCAUGCCUGCCCGAAGAAGCCUGCUCGUGUGGAACGAACGAAGAGUAUCGAUGUGAUUGGGAUUGCAAUGAAAACUGCGCCAGAUUGAACUUAACCUGCCUACUGGAACCCUGCAAAACUGGAUGCUACUGCCAGGAAAAUUGCCGCAGAAUUGAUGGAGCCUGCGUACUACAGGAUCAAUGUCGCUGCACGAGUACCCUAGAAGAGUUCAGGCUUGGCAAUAGAUGCCUCGAGGAUUGCACACGAACUGCAUUGGAUUGCGCCAAUGAAACCAACUUCUUGGGAUGUUUCUGCAGAAAUCUCAAUCAUCGACGAAUUAAUGGAGUUUGUCGUCAUGUCAGUGGGUGUAGAGUUCUAACUGAUAGAUCCUUGAGUUCAUUUGAUUUCUAGAAAUUCUCAUUCCUAAUUCAUCUUUUUAGAUGAAUUUUUAUUGAUAUUUUGUCAUUUGCAUCAGCAGAACCUUAUUUCUUUAAUAUUUUAUACACGAUAAGUGUUGAUGUAAGCGACGAUUACAAAUUCAUUGUAUACGAAUAUUAAAAUAAUUUGUAGUUUUUACGGUUAAGGGUUGCUUAACAAAUUAAUUAAAAUCCAAUGAAAUGUAUACGAAAAAAUUGUUAGAAUUUAAUUUUUAAUUCUGUAAGAGCUUAAAAGAGGAAUAAAGUAUGAAAAACUUUGCAAAA